AUGAAGCUCUCGUACCUUCCGCUUGCGCUCCUCGCUUUUGCCUCGGAUCUCGUCUUUGGCGCCAAUGCGCCUGGCUUGGCCGCCGGCGUCACGGGCGGCGGCAACGCGGCGCCUGUGUACCCCAAGAACAUCAACGAGCUCAAGGCGUACCUCCAAGAUGCCGCGCCUCGGGUCAUUGUGCUCAACAAGAC